AUGCCGAAGAGUCCACCAACUGCUGAAGGAUCCUACAUACGUUUCCGCCUGGCGCCUGCCGCCCACAAAGGUGGGCUUGAGGCUUCUGCGAAGAGACCGCGUCUCGAUAGUGGUGAGCAGGGCGGUGAGCAGGCUGGUGAGCAGGGUGGUCGUGCCGGGCUGGCCUGCUACCGAUGCAGACAACGAAAGAAAAAGUGCUGUCGCUCGCUCCCAGAGUGUUCAGCAUGCGUCGCUCGAGGCGUUCGCUGCGUGUUUCCCAGCAAGAGUGACUCGAUCAGCACCUCGGAGGCCAUGGAGCUCAAGUCACAGAUAGAAUGGUUGUCUCAGCAUGUCUCCGUCGUGGACGGCUCCCAAAUGCUGAGUCCUACAGCCACGGCCACGUCCGCAGCGUCGACGACGAUGGCCGAGGGUCCCAAUCCCGAGUCCGAUGAUGCUGGGGCGGCGCUACAAAGCCAUGUUGACCGCCACCAGCCUAAGACGAAAUUGCGGCUGCCUGCUUGGGCCGAGCGACGACAUCUCGUUGAAGCUUACUUUCGUCACGUCCACAAAGCAUACCCCUUUUUGGACCGGCAGCAGGUGUUGGAGGACCUUGAUCGUUCCACCCGCGGCCUUCCCAGUGACACGAAUGAAGUGUCCCCCCUCGUAUAUGUUCUCUGCGCCAUCGGCUCUGCAACUCUACAUCGAAUUGGCAAGUUAUCGGAUGAAGCAUUGGCAACCAUGACCGUCCCCUACAAAUAUUUUGUCAACUCCUGCCUGGCCGAGCCGAAUGUCGAGUCGACUGGCAUCUUGAUGUUGGUGACCAUCUAUUCCGUCUUUGACCCGGACGGGAUUUCGCCGUGGCUGUUGACCGGAUUGCUCGGGCGCCAGGCCAUCGCUCUCGGGCUCAGUCGCCGGUCGUCGACGGAGCACGGCCUGACGUUGCAGGAAGUAGAGACACGACACCGGUUAUUUUGGAGCAUUUACGCGCUGGACCGCGAAAUUGCGGCUUCGUUUGGUCUUCCUGUGGCAAUUAAUGACGAGAAUGUAAACGUCCCGCUUCCUUCGGUCACCAUCGACGAGUAUGCCUCUCCAUCUCGGGUCCGGCACAGCAGAAUCCUCCAGGUGUGUCGAAAUGCCAUUGCCCUGCGGGAGCUUGAGGGCAAGAUCCUGCAGCAGGUUCACCUCUCCAACCCGAUCUCCAGCAUCAACGUCGGCAAUGCCGACCGACAAGGCGUCAUUGAUCGAUUCAAGUCAAACCUGGACGAUUGGUAUGCCAAUGGGUGCCUCCUGUCACAAUUGGAGGACGAUGAGAUCUCGUUUCACGACACGAUCCCGUGGCUGAACGUGCGCUAUCACGGCCUUCUCAUUCUUCUGCACUGUCCUUCCCGCUUCAACACUUACUACUCCCGGGACCAGCUCAGCCACUUGUACCAGUCAAUCCAGAAAUACCUCCAGUGCAGCGCCGUGCUUCUUCGACAAGGCCAUCUGAUGCUCCACCACAGCACCCUCAACCGGAUUCUCGUGAUUUGUCUGUUACUGAUCUUCUGUUUGCAGCAGGGGCAUCUUGAUCGUGUCAGGGAGCAUGACCUCAACGGGGACGUUACUCUGGGAAUCGAGAUUCUCGAGGCCUUCUCGAAUCGCUGGCCACUUGCCAAGCGGAGCCUUGGUGUGUUUCGGGCCCUCCACAAUCUGUUGGUGACCACCCCUACCGAUGGCCCCCAUACUGCAUCGAUUCUGGCAAACCAAGAAACGCUGAGGGGCAUCCAAAUCGACGCGCUCGCCAUAGUUCAAGACGCGAUGGGACCUUCGAGCCUGUUUCAUAACCUCGGUGAAGAAUCAAUCGCUUCGGGCUUUCAGGCCCAGGCGUCCGGACGUGCAGGGAAAGUACGCAUUCCUUUUGAACGCUUGCCGGACAACCCUGUUUUGCGUGAAGUCUGA